AUGAAGGACCUUCUUACUAAUAAGAGGAAAUUGGAAGACUUGGACACUGUAACUUUAUCGGGGAAUUGUUCAGCCAUAAUUCAAAAGAAGUUGCUGAAGAAACUAAAUGAUCUGGGUAGCUUUAUUAUCCCUUGUGUGCUUGGAGAAGGGAUGCAGGAAAAUGCUUUGGCUGAUUCGGGGGAAAUGAGAAAACCCAGAGGAGUUGUCCAGAAUGUUCUUGUGAGGGUUGAUAAACUCAUCAUUCCGGUGGAGUUUGUAAUAUUAGAUGUGGAUGAUGAUGUAGAGGUCCCAUUGAUCCUUGGCUGCCUUUUCCUCAACAGCUCAAGAACCUUAAUCGAUAAUAAGGGAUGGAAGAUGACAUUGAGAGUGGGGGAUGAACAAGUUGUCUUCACUCUUCCAGAGGCUAUGAAGCACACACUAGACUAUGAUGAUACUUUAUAUUUCACUGAUGUAACUAAUGUAAUAAUUUAUGAUUAUGUGCAGAAAGUUCUUACUUUAAAUCCCUUAGACGAGUACUUUGAUGGAAUCGAGAUCGAAGAAACUGAAGUAAGGGACCCCCUUAACUCCGCCAACCAAAAAAUAUCCCGAGUGGAAGUUGUAUCUCCUCUGUGUUGUAAGAAAAAGAAGACUUUGAAGAAGGCAUAG